AUGACGAGUUCAAAAUCAGAUGAAUCCAGUAGGAAAGAACUGAAUACUGGAGGAACCAUCAAAUUACAGCCGCGUAUAUCCUUAUUCACAGCAUGUGGUAUCAUCAUUGGUGUAAUUGUUGGUUCUGGAAUCUUUGUUUCUCCUAAAGGAGUUCUGAUAGAAGCUGGAAGCGUUGGUUUAUCCCUCUUAGUAUGGAUUCUAUCUGGUGUCUUCUCCAUGAUUGGAGCUAUCUGUUAUGCAGAAUUAGGAACGACAAUCCCUAAGAGUGGUGGUGAUUAUGCUUAUAUUUAUGAGGCGUUUGGUUCUCUUCCCGCUUUUCUCUUUUUAUGGAUGGCUUUAAUGAUUAUAAAUCCUACGUCCAAUGCUAUAAUUGCUUUGACGUUCGCUAAUUAUGGUCUCAAGCCUUUUUUCCCAACCUGUGAUGUUCCAGAGUUGGCUAUUAAGUUACUAGCUGCAUGUACUAUAGCUAUAUUAACCUUUAUCAACAGUUACAAUGUGAAAAUGGCUACCAGCACCAACAACAUAUACUCCGUAACUAAAGUUUUAGCUUUACUCAUUAUAAUUACUACUGGAAUUGCAUGGCUGUUCUUAGGAAACGUUGAAUACUUUCAAUAUCCGGAUGUGAUGGAAGGCUCUAACUAUAAGCCGUCUUCCUUAUCCUUGGCGUUCUAUUCGGGAGUUUUCUCUUUUGCCGGAUGGAAUUAUUUGAACUUUGUCACAGAAGAGCUGAUAGAACCAUUCAAGAAUCUUCCGAGAGCUAUCUACAUUUCCAUCCCCGCAGUCACACUCAUUUACGUCCUCGUGAAUGUUGCUUAUUUUGCUGUUCUUUCUGUUGAUGAGAUUUUGGAAUCAAACGCUGUCGCAGUUCUUUUUGCCGAAAGAGUAAUGGGAGUGUUUGCUCCUAUCAUGCCUUUCUUCGUAGCUUCUUCCUGCAUAGGAGGUCUUAAUGGAAUUAUUUUCACUUCUGCAAGGAUGUUUUUUGCUGGAGCAAGAGAUGGUCAAUUACCAGAACUCCUGUCUAUGAUCUCUAUACGUUAUGUAACGCCAAUGCCAUCUUUGCUAUUUUUAGGAGUGCUUUCAAUUGCCAUGCUGUUCGCUGCUGACGUUUUUGUUCUUAUCAACUAUUUGGCAUUUGCGGAGAGUUUGGUAGUUGCCGUUUCGGUAGCUGGUCUGAUCAAAAUGAGAUUAAUGAAUCCAGAUAUGCAGAGACCUAUACAGUUUCCUUUGAUAAUUCCUAUAAUCUUCCUGACUAUGUGUUUGUUCCUUCUCAUUCUACCGCUCUUCAACAAACCUUAUGAACUAUUUGUUGGAAUUGGUAUUGUUCUGUCUGGGAUACCAAUUUACUUACUUUUUGUUUUUAACAAAAGACGACCACAAUUCGUUACGAAGUUAUGGAUCGGAUUCACACAUUUCAUUCAAAAGUUACUUUAUUGUGUUCCGGAAGAGGGCUCUCGUUCGGAAUAA